GCGGUUUUAAAAGAGAAACGCGGGGCUGGCGGCCCGGAGGCGGGUGGUCAUGUGAUCGGCAAGAUGUCUGCCUUUCCCUGGCACUCCAGGAAUCGGGACUACAAAGCUGAGCUGGCGUCCUGCCGGCUGGAGGCUGUGCCGCUGGACUUCGGGGAGUACCACCCACUGAAGCCCAUCACCGUCACAGAGUCGAAGACGAAGAAAGUGAGCAGGAAGGGAAGCACUUCUUCCACGUCCUCCUCCUCCUCCAGCUCGGUGGUGGACCCGCUGAGCAGCGUGCUCGAUGGCACCGACCCCCUCUCCAUGUUUGCGGCCACCGCCGACCCCACAGCCACGGCAGCAGCCACAGAUGGCGCCAGGAAGAGGCGUGACAGAGACGACAACGCCGUCGUGGGAUCGGAUUUUGAGCCCUGGGCCAACAAGCGGGGAGACAUCCUGGCCCGGUACACGACCACGGAAAAGCUGUCCAUCAAUCUGUUUAUGGGGUCUGAAAAAGGCAAAGCUGGGACCGCCGCGUCCGCCAUGUCGGAGAAGGUUCGCACCCGGCUGGAGGAGCUGGACGACUUUGAGGAGGGAUCCCAGAAGGAGCUGCUGAACUUGACCCAGCAGGAUUACGUGAACCGCAUCGAGGAGCUCAACCAGUCGCUGAAGGAUGCCUGGGCCUCCGACCAGAAAGUGAAGGCUCUGAAGAUCGUCAUCCAGUGCUCGAAGCUUCUUUCGGACACGAGCGUGAUUCAGUUCUACCCCAGCAAGUUCGUGCUCAUCACCGACAUACUGGACACCUUCGGGAAGCUCGUGUACGAGCGCAUCUUCUCCAUGUGCGUGGAUAACCGCAGCGUCCUGCCAGAUCACUUUUGUCCAGAGAAUGUGAACGACACAGCCAAAGAAACGUGCCUGAAUUGGUUUUUCAAGAUUGCGUCCAUCAGAGAGCUCAUUCCGCGAUUUUAUGUGGAAGCAUCUAUCCUGAAGUGUAACAAGUUCCUGUCUAAGACGGGGAUCUCCGAGUGCCUGCCGCGGCUGACCUACAUGAUCCGAGGCAUCGGGGACCCGCUGGUGUCAGUGUACGCCCGUGCCUACCUCUGCCGGGUGGGAAUGGAAGUGGCACCGCACCUCAAGGAAAACCUCAACAAGAACUUUUUCGACUUCCUGCUCACAUUCAAACAGAUUCAUGGCGACACGGUGCAGAAUCAGCUGGUGAUCCAGGGAGUGGAGCUGCCGUGCUACCUCCCCUUGUACUCGCCCGCCAUGGACUGGAUCUUCCAGUGCAUUUCCUACCACGCCCCCGAGGCCCUGCUGACCGAGAUGAUGGAGAGAUGUAAGAAACUAGGAAAUAAUGCCUUGCUGCUGAACUCCGUGAUGUCCGCCUUCAGGGCCGAGUUCAUUGCCGCGCGGGCUAUGGACUUCAUCGGCAUGAUCAAAGAAUGUGACGAGUCUGGCUUCCCCAAGCACCUGCUUUUUCGCUCCCUGGGGUUAAACUUGGCCUUGGCAGAUCCUCCCGAGAAUGAUCGUCUUCAGAUUCUCAAUGAAGCUUGGAAGGUGAUCACGAAGCUGAGGAAUCCACAGGACUACGUCAAUUGUGCCGAAGUGUGGGUGGAGUACACAUGCAAGCAUUUCACGAAACGAGAGGUGAACACCGUUCUGGCGGACGCCAUCAAGCACAUGACCCCGGACCGCGCCUUCGAAGAUGCCUACCCUCAGCUUCAGUCAAUCAUUAAAAAAGUCAUUGCCCACUUCCGGGAUUUCUCCGUUCUUUUCUCUGUGGAAAAGUUUCUGCCGUUUCUGGACAUGUUCCAGAAGGAAAGUGUGCGCGUGGACGUGUGCAAGUGCAUCAUGGAGGCCUUUAUCAAGCACCAGCAGGAGCCCACCAAGGACCCCGUGAUCCUGAAUGCCCUCCUGCACAUCUGUAAGACCAUGCACGACUCGGUGAAUGCACUCACUCUUGAGGAUGAGAAAAGAACGCUGGCGUAUUUGAUUAAUGGAUUUAUAAAAAUGGUCUCCUUUGGCCGUGACUUUGAGCAGCAGCUGAGUUUUUACGUGGAGUCCAGGUCCAUGUUCUGCAAUCUGGAGCCUGUGCUGGUGCAGCUGAUUCACAGUGUGAACCGGCUGGCAAUGGAAACAAGAAAAGUGAUGAAAGGAAACCACUCCCGGAAGACGGCGGCGUUUGUGCGGGCCUGCGUCGCUUACUGCUUCAUCACCAUCCCCUCCCUGGUGGGAAUCUUCACCCGGCUCAACCUCUACCUGCAUUCCGGUCAGGUGGCCUUGGCCAACCAGUGCCUCUCCCAAGCUGAUGCCUUCUUCAGAGCCGCCAUAAGCCUCGUUCCGGAAGUUCCAAAGAUGAUUAACAUCGACGGGAAGAUGCGGCCGUCGGAAUCGUUCCUCCUGGAAUUCCUCUGUAACUUCUUCUCUACUUUAUUAAUAGUUCCGGAUCAUCCCGAGCACGGGGUCCUGUUCCUUGUCCGCGAGCUGCUCAACGUGAUCCAGGACUACACCUGGGACGACAACAGCGAUGACAGAGUCCGCAUUUACACCUGCGUCCUGCACCUCCUCUCCGCCAUGAGCCAGGAGACCUUCCUCUACCACAUAGACAAAGUCGACUCCAACGACAGCCUCUACGGGGGAGACGCCAAGUUCCUGGCUGAAAACAAUAAGCUGUGCGAGACGGUGAUGGCUCAGAUCCUGGAGCACCUGAAAACUCUGGCCAAGGAUGAGGCCCUGAAGCGCCAGAGCUCGCUGGGCCUCUCCUUCUUUAACAGCAUCUUGGCCCAUGGAGACCUGCGCAACAACAAGCUGAACCAGCUCUCCGUCAACCUGUGGCACCUGGCCCAGAGGCACGGCUGUGCGGACACCAGGACCAUGGUGAAGACUCUGGAGUACAUCAAGAAGCGAAGCAGACAGCCAGACAUGAGUCACCUGAGCGAGCUGGCCCUCAGACUCCCGCUGCAGAGCAGGACCUGAGGGCCAGGCCCGCCACGACCCCGUCUGUGCCCGGGGCUCGCUGGAAUCCAGGGGCCGCCUUCUCACACGUAUGCAGAUCGUCCGGAGCUUCGUUUUCCUGAGAGGGGAAGAAGCAGGGAUCGUGGGUGCAAUAAAAACCACGUCUUGUUCACGGAGAA